UCCCCUCCGUUUCCAAAGAAUCUCGACCUCGUCUCUCAAUCCUUCAAUGAGAACCUCCUCGAUCGUCUCAAGACCCUAAAUCCACCGUCGAUCAAUUUCUCUUGGCUCUCCCUGGCCAUCAAGUUUCUCUGUUUCAUACACACCGAAGCGGAAAAGUUGGUUUCAAAUCUGAAACUCUCGGGCUCUGAGAACUCUCUCGCUUCUUAUUUGGAUGACAGUGUGAAGCUCUUGGAUCUUUGUAACUCGAUCGUUUUAGAAAUCGAACGAUUACGACAAGGUCGGCUUCUGAUAGUCUCAGAGAUCCAACGGUUUCGACGAGGUCAGACUCUGGCACCGAAGGAACUAUGCCGUGUGAGGAAUUCGAUAUCCGAUUGGGGAAAUCGCUCGUUUGUUCUCACAAAUCGGAGAUUAUGGAGCCCAGGUGAGUUGAUUCGAGAUCUCGUGCGUGGACUCGAGAGUUCUCCAAGUGGCAAGAUCAAGACCGUUGGUAAUGUCGUCGAACGCAUGAUCCAUACCGUCGGAGCGAUGACUGUUCUCGUUGUGGGAGUCAUGGUUUCGGUCCUCACUGAGUCAACCGAAACGAUUCACGUCCGAGUCCCUGCCGAGUUCCCUUGGUCUGGCGCAUUUAAUGGUUUGGCUUCGGCGGUUUCUGUAGAGAUCGAGAGGCGGUUCAAGGAUGGGUCAGAUCGCCGGCGGUUUGUGGAAGAUGUGGAUGACGUGGAGACGCGCGUGUGAAGCGUGUGUGACGUCAUUGAUGACAUGGCAGCUGGUGGAGUAGGUAUAGUUUGUGAGGGAAAGGAGGAGAGGUUAGAGAGUGCUUUCAAGGAGUUGGAGGCGAUGACGGUAACGUUGACGGAGCGUUUGGAUUGUUUGUCUGAUGGGAUUAAUGGAUUUUUUUGCACGGUAUUGAGUACGAGAAAUAGUCUUUUGGAAAAUUUCAGGGUGGGUUCGGAAAUGAAUUUGGAACAAAAA